AUGGAAAGUUCUCAAGAAAUCACUGAAAGAAUUAAAUUAAUUGAAUUACAACUUCAAAACGAAAUAAUGGAAAACGAGUUAAUGAAAAGAACGAUAGAGUCAUUACAGUUUCAUAUCAAUUCGUUAGAACAUAUUCAACAUGUUAUGAGUACUGAGAUUGAAGAAUUAAAAGAAGAAAAUCAAAUAUAUCACAGUGAAUUAAGUACAAUUUGUAAUAUAUUAAAAAAUUCAUUUGGAGAAGAUGAUGAAGAUGUACUUGAUAUAAGUGAAGAUGCUAAUAAAAAAAAGAUUGUUUCAAUUUGUCUUGGAUAUGAAAAAGAAGUGAGUGACGAUUGUUUUGAUUUGAUUAUCAAUGAAAUUAAUAACAAUUAUACAAUAAGUUAUUUAAAAGCAUUUAAGAAUAUAUUAUGUCACCAUCCUUAUCUUAUUAAUGGAGAGUUUAAAAAGGAGAUUUGGCACAUAAUUGAAGAUAAACUACAAGGGAAUAUAAUAGAAAAAGAGUGUUGUAUUGAAAUGCUGAUUUAUAUCUCUACAUUAUUAUAUGAUAUUCCAUUAACAGUAAUUGAACUCCUCUCAUCAAUGUUUCAAGAACAAACAACAUCAAUAAAUAUAAAAAAUUCAAUACUUAUUAUAAUGAGCUAUCUUAGUGAUAAUAACUUAGCCCCACUUACUAAGAUAGUUCAUCACAUUAUCUCUUUUUGUUUAAAUCCAUUUUAUUUAAAUGAACAAAAUUAUGGAACAGCUACUAUUGUUCUUUCACAUAUACUACCAUUAUUACCAAACCAAAUAAUUACUCUUAUUGCACCUGAUGUCAUUCGUUUAAAUUUAUGGCAAAUUGAUUUUGGAGAAGAAUGGAGAAAUAAAAAUCAUAUUGACCCACAUCAUUUAAUUUUACUUUUAUUUAAAUCAAGUGAAACUGUUGAAACAUUAAAAUCAACUUUUAUCCAAAAUGUACCAUGUUUAGAGUAUAUAUUAAACCAUCUUGAAUUACGUUCUGAUGAAUCUCUUCAAAUAUUAUAUGAAAUUAUUGAUUUAAUACCAUCAAAAUGUUCUAAAUUUGUUGAAAAAUUAUUAGAACUAUAUCCAUUUACUGGUGAUAUAAAUGCUUGUUUAACAGCAUGUGACAUAUUCCUUAUUUAUUUACCAACAUUAUCUUCUUCAUCAUUUAUUUUACUUAAACAACAAAUACUCAAAACUAUUCAACCAUUUAUUGUUUUAAAUGAAAAAUUAACAACAAUAUUUCAUCAACUCUCUACCUUAACAAUUUAA